UCCCGGCCCCUCGGAUCCCAGUUUUCUGUUGCCCGCGGUUCGCCGCCCCGCUAGCCGCCGCGAUGCCGGUGUUUCACACGCGCACGAUCGAGAGCAUCCUGGAGCCGGUGGCGCAGCAGAUCUCGCACCUGGUGAUUAUGCACGAGGAGGGCGAGGUGGACGGCAAAGCCAUUCCUGACCUCACCGCGCCCGUGGCCGCCGUGCAGGCGGCCGUCAGCAACCUCGUCCGGGUUGGAAAAGAGACUGUUCAGACUACUGAGGAUCAGAUUUUGAAGAGAGAUAUGCCACCAGCAUUUAUCAAGGUUGAAAAUGCUUGCACCAAGCUUGUUCAGGCAGCCCAGAUGCUUCAGUCAGACCCAUACUCAGUUCCUGCACGGGAUUACCUCAUUGACGGCUCUAGGGGAAUCCUGUCUGGCACGUCUGACCUACUGCUUACCUUUGAUGAGGCUGAGGUUCGUAAAAUUAUUAGAGUUUGCAAAGGAAUUUUGGAAUAUCUUACAGUGGCAGAGGUAGUGGAGACUAUGGAAGACUUGGUCACUUACACAAAGAAUCUUGGGCCAGGAAUGACUAAGAUGGCCAAAAUGAUUGAUGAAAGACAGCAGGAGUUGACUCACCAGGAACACCGAGUGAUGCUGGUAAACUCAAUGAACACUGUCAAAGAGCUGCUUCCUGUUCUCAUUUCAGCUAUGAAGAUUUUUGUUACAACCAAAAACUCAAAAAACCAAGGAAUAGAAGAAGCUUUGAAAAAUCGAAAUUUUACUGUAGAAAAGAUGAGUGCUGAAAUUAACGAGAUCAUUCGUGUAUUACAACUCACAUCCUGGGAUGAAGAUGCCUGGGCCAGCAAGGACACUGAAGCCAUGAAGAGAGCGCUGGCGUCCAUAGACUCCAAACUGAACCAGGCCAAAGGUUGGCUCCGUGACCCCAAUGCCUCCCCAGGGGACGCUGGUGAGCAGGCCAUCAGGCAGAUCUUAGAUGAAGCUGGAAAAGUUGGUGAACUUUGUGCAGGCAAGGAACGAAGGGAGAUCCUAGGAACCUGCAAAAUGCUAGGGCAGAUGACUGACCAAGUUGCUGACCUCCGAGCCAGAGGACAAGGAGCCUCACCAGUGGCUAUGCAGAAGGCCCAGCAAGUGUCUCAGGGGCUUGAUGUGCUUACUGCGAAAGUGGAAAAUGCAGCUCGGAAGCUGGAAGCCAUGACGAACUCAAAGCAGAGUAUUGCAAAGAAGAUUGAUGCUGCCCAGAAUUGGCUGGCAGAUCCAAAUGGUGGACCUGAAGGAGAAGAACAGAUUCGAGGGGCUUUGGCUGAAGCUCGGAAGAUUGCAGAAUUAUGUGAUGAUCCCAAGGAGAGGGAUGACAUCCUCCGCUCCCUUGGAGAGAUAGCUGCUCUGACCUCUAAAUUAGGAGACUUGCGAAGACAGGGGAAAGGAGACUCCCCAGAGGCUCGAGCCUUGGCUAAACAAGUGGCAACGGCACUACAGAACCUGCAGACCAAAACCAACAGGGCUGUGGCUAACAGCAGACCUGCCAAGGCAGCUGUCCAUCUCGAGGGCAAGAUUGAACAGGCGCAGCGAUGGAUUGACAAUCCUACAGUAGAUGACCGUGGAGUUGGUCAGGCUGCCAUCCGUGGACUUGUGGCUGAAGGGCAUCGGCUGGCCAAUGUCAUGAUGGGACCUUAUCGCCAAGAUCUUCUUGCCAAGUGUGACCGAGUAGACCAGCUAACAGCUCAGCUGGCUGACCUGGCUGCCCGAGGGGAGGGGGAGAGUCCUCAGGCAAGAGCACUUGCAUCUCAGCUUCAGGACUCCUUAAAGGAUCUUAAAGCCCAGAUGCAGGAAGCUAUGACUCAAGAGGUGUCUGAUGUGUUCAGUGAUACUACAACUCCCAUCAAGCUGUUGGCAGUGGCGGCCACUGCUCCUCCUGAUGCGCCCAAUAGGGAAGAGGUAUUUGACGAGAGGGCAGCCAACUUUGAGAACCAUUCAGGAAGGCUUGGAGCCACAGCGGAGAAGGCAGCUGCUGUUGGUACUGCCAAUAAAUCCACAGUGGAAGGCAUUCAGGCAUCUGUGAAGACAGCCCGAGAACUCACUCCCCAGGUCAUCUCAGCUGCUCGAAUCUUACUGAGGAACCCUGGUAAUCAAGCUGCUUAUGAACAUUUUGAGACCAUGAAGAACCAGUGGAUUGAUAAUGUUGAAAAAAUGACAGGGCUGGUGGACGAGGCUAUUGAUACCAAAUCUCUGUUGGAUGCUUCUGAAGAAGCAAUUAAAAAAGACCUGGACAAGUGUAAGGUAGCCAUGGCCAAUAUUCAGCCUCAGAUGCUGGUCGCUGGAGCAACCAGUAUUGCCCGCCGGGCCAACCGGAUUCUGCUGGUUGCUAAGAGGGAGGUAGAGAACUCUGAGGACCCAAAGUUCCGAGAGGCUGUGAAAGCUGCCUCUGAUGAACUGAGCAAAACAAUCUCCCCCAUGGUGAUGGAUGCCAAGGCUGUGGCUGGAAACAUCUCUGACCCUGGCCUGCAAAAGAGCUUCCUGGACUCAGGAUAUCGGAUCCUGGGAGCUGUGGCCAAGGUCAGAGAAGCCUUCCAACCUCAGGAGCCUGACUUCCCGCCUCCUCCACCAGACCUUGAACAGCUACGACUAACUGAUGAGCUGGCUCCUCCUAAACCACCUCUGCCUGAGGGUGAAGUCCCUCCACCCAGGCCCCCACCACCAGAAGAGAAGGAUGAAGAGUUCCCUGAGCAGAAAGCUGGGGAGGUGAUUAACCAGCCAAUGAUGAUGGCCGCCAGGCAGCUCCACGAUGAAGCUCGGAAAUGGUCUAGCAAGCCGGGUAUCCCAGCCGCUCAGGUGGGUAUAGGAGUUGUAGCUGAGGCAGAUGCGGCUGAUGCUGUUGGGUUCCCUUUCCCCUCUGACAUGGAAGACGAUUACGAACCUGAGCUGCUGUUAAUGCCAUCUAAUCAGCCGGUCAACCAGCCCAUUCUGGCCGCGGCUCAGUCCUUGCACCGGGAAGCUACCAAGUGGUCUAGUAAGGGCAAUGACAUCAUUGCAGCAGCCAAGCGCAUGGCUCUGCUGAUGGCGGAGAUGUCUCGGCUGGUAAGAGGGGGCAGUGGUACCAAGCGGGCACUUAUUCAAUGUGCCAAGGAUAUUGCCAAGGCCUCUGAUGAGGUGACAAGGUUGGCCAAGGAGGUUGCCAAGCAGUGCACAGAUAAGCGGAUUAGAACCAAUCUCUUACAGGUCUGUGAGCGAAUCCCAACUAUAAGCACCCAGCUCAAAAUACUGUCCACAGUGAAGGCUACUAUGCUGGGCCGGACCAACAUCAGUGAUGAGGAGUCUGAGCAGGCCACAGAGAUGCUGGUUCAUAAUGCCCAGAACCUCAUGCAGUCUGUAAAGGAGACUGUUCGAGAGGCAGAAGCUGCUUCAAUCAAAAUUCGAACAGAUGCUGGAUUUACCUUGCGCUGGGUCAGAAAGACUCCCUGGUACCAGUAGGCGCCUUGUCAAACCUGGCUGGUACAUAAACCUCUGCUAAAGAGAAGAUAUCCAUCUUGAGUUCCAGAAGCCAUUGAGAGUUGCCAGGAGUGGAAAAAUCAACCCCUGGUUUCACACAGCAGAAGGAAUGGGGCCUCUUCACAUAGAAAACAUUUAUACUCUUGUCAUUGACACUUUGAAAUGUGUCUCUCUAUAAACCCUGUACUUUCACAGUUA